ACGCACCCCAAAUCCAUGCCCCCCUCCUCUCCAUCUCACUGAGCACUGUUCAUUCAGUUCAAAAGCUCCUGUCUCCAAGUACUAUAUCUGGGGUCUGGGGUUGCUGCGUUUGAUUCGUUCUGUUAAUUUCUUCAUUGGUUUCUUAAUUUAGCUGAAGAGAACAGAGGCAGGUCGACGGAUUUAAUAAAGCUAUGUCGACCCAGAAUCGCCGUUCAUCGAUGUCUUCAUCGACGUCCUUGCUGAAGCGGCAAGCUGCGCCGUCGUCGGACAAUCUCGGCAAGGUCCUGCCGCACUUGGCCAAGAAAAGGCCGCCUCUGGGUAACAUCACCAAUCACAACAAUGUUUCUCAGAAUGCUGCAGCUCGGAGCUCGGCUGCACCAGCGACCACGGUACCAUGUUCAGCAAAAGUACAGAAGACAAAGAAGAAACCAUCAACUUCAACUCAUAAUACAAGCAUUUCCCAGACUACUUUGCCUGCUCCCCUGAAUGUGAAAUCAAGUAUUGUUGUUUCCCAUGAGGACACAACACUUGCCAGGAAAAAUGAAAGUGCACCUAGUUUUAGUACUCCUUCAGUCCCCUGCAGCAUAGAUGUGUCACCAAGUCGGUCGGAUGAAGUGUCAGCUUCUUUGGAUGAGACAAUGUCCAUUUGUGAUUCGUUCAAGAGUCCAGAAAUUGAAUAUCGCGAUAGUCAUGAUGUUUCUACCGUUGUUUCUAUUGAAAGGAAAGCUUUUAGCAAUCUCUGCAUAUCAGAGGACCUAGAAACAGCAGGGACUAUCUGCAGUAGAGACAUGUACGCCGAGAUGGAAAUAGAUGAUAAAACAGCAAAUAUAGAUAACAAUUUCAUGGAUCCACAGCUUUGUGCAACCAUUGCUUGCGAUAUUUACAGGCAUUUGCGCGCAUCUGAGGCAAAGAAAAGGCCUUCCACAAAUUUCAUGGAAAGGAUUCAGAAAGACAUAAACGCCAGCAUGCGCGCAAUUCUAGUCGAUUGGCUUGUGGAGGUUGCUGAGGAGUACAGGCUUGUUCCUGAUACAUUAUUUUUGACUGUAAACUAUAUUGAUCGUUUUCUUUCUGGGAACAUAAUGGAUAGGCAACGGCUACAAUUGCUUGGAGUUGCCUGCAUGAUGAUUGCUGCCAAAUACGAGGAGAUUUGUGCACCACAGGUGGAAGAGUUCUGUUACAUAACUGAUAACACCUACUUUAAGGAGGAGGUUUUGCAAAUGGAAUCCGCUGUUUUGAAUUACCUGAAGUUUGAGAUGACAGCCCCAACAGCAAAAUGCUUCUUACGGCGAUUUGUACGUGCUGCCCAAGUGAUUGAACAGGCUCCAUCAUUGCCGCUAGAGUGUUUGGCCAAUUACAUUGCAGAGUUAUCUCUACUAGAGUACAGCAUGCUUUGUUAUGCUCCUUCUCUCAUCUCUGCUGCUUCCAUUUUCUUGGCCAAAUUUAUAAUUUCCCCGACAAAGAGACCCUGGAAUUCUACCUUACAGCAUUACACCCUUUACCAGCCAUCUGAUUUGCGCAACUGUGUCGAGGCAUUACAUCAACUUUGCCUCAACAUUGACAAUUCCACCUUACCAGCAAUAAGGGAGAAGUAUAGUCAGCACAAAUACAAGUUUGUGGCGAAGAAGUACUGCCCUCCCUCAAUACCUAAGGAGUUUUUCGACAACCUAAGCAAGUAGGGGGCUCCAGAAUUGUUUCAACCUAAUAUGCACUAAUCUACUCAGAGCUUCACUUCAGUUCCUAGCGAUGGAAUCUGAUCAUUUUUACUUCUCAACAAUUUUCUUAUGAUAAUGUGUGAUUAACAUUUCAUAGGCUAGUUGAAUGCUCCAUCUCAUUGAACAUAAUGUACAAUAUUAUCAACUAGUUCAGAUUUUCUCCUAGUUCAAAUUCUUCCAACUUCUCACUUAAAAAAAAGUACACUAACACAACUCUGCUCAUGCGUAUAAGUGAAGAACACUUGCUACAUGUUUGGUGUACAUUGGAACGGAGCUAGAAUUCAUAAACAAAAUUGACAAUGUUUGAUAUGCUGUAAUGAAAUGGAUUGAAAAAUAGGUGGAAUAAAAAACCAUGACAAACAUGUAUAAACAUAAAUAGAUUAUAAAUAGAUGCUAUAUAACUAGAGGAAGUGAAAAACUACAACAGCAAAUAUUUUUGCUCGUGUUCAUUGCGGAAGUUCAAUUCUACAGACCAAAACAAGAAGCACUUUUUACAAAAUUCAUGGAAUGAAAACAGAUUUAUCAUUUUCAUUUUUCAUAUUAUUCCUUUUUACGUCAUUCCAUUCCAACUAUGACUCCAAGGUAAAGUGAUACUUACAUUGCAGUCGGGGCUUAUAACCAGAAUAUGAAUAGCUAAACACAUCGAGGCAGGGUGGGCACCAAGGGUGGUGCACCCCCCACACCUUGGCUCGGAGCCCCCUUGACCUUGAGCCAGUGACAAUCUUCAAACGAGCACCCUAGCCCACUCAUUGGCUGCUCUACAUCUUCUGGCUUGAUGAAUGUGGGGCCCCAAGCAGGGGUCCCAUCCUCAUACGAGUUGUGUGUCAAUCUGCGUAUAUCAGAACCAUCAAAUUUCACAGUGAAGAUCUCACCGUAGGGUUGGUAGUGGUGCGGGUUCGAUAUGGGCUCUGCGGAUACGCCUGCAUAGUCGGAAGUAAACACGAUGCUCUUUCCAUCCGGGCUGAAGCACGGGUGGUUGGUCCGCCCGCCCAACCCGCUUUGAACAACCUUUUUCAACCCGGUUCCAUUCGGGUGGAUUGCAUACAAUUCGAAGCUCCCUGUACCCGGGUUCUCCCGAUCCGUCGCAAAAGCGAUCCACUCGCCAUCCGGUGACCAAUUACACAUCGUGUCCGUCCACGGCCCUUCUGUUAAUUGGUGGAUCCCACCUCUCUCUCCAUGCACGGCGUCCAUUAUGUAGAGGUUCUUGUGACCCGACCGACCCGACCGGAAGGCGACCCAUUUCCCGUCCGGCGAAGGGGAUGGGAAGGCAUUAUUUUGACCACCUGUAGUCAACUUUGUGUAGCUCGGAUCGUCGCCGCCGUCGACGUUGAUGGAGAUGACAUCCACACCUGUGCUUUCGGAUGCAAAUGUAGGACCGGUGCUAGUGUACACGACCCCUUUACGAACCGGGUCCCAAGAGGUGGAGAAGGCGGUGCCGGAGAAGACCUCUCGCCGGUUCGAACCGUCCCAGUUCACGACGUAAACGCCCGGAAACUUAACAAAGGCGAUCCGGUCGCCGGCGGGUGAGAAAGAAGGGAACGAACCGUCGACUCUGAAGAGAGACACUUCCGGUGAUGGAGUCUGGAGGUUUUCGAGGAAGAGAUGGGGGCUUUUUCUUCCAUUAAUGGCGCCACUGCAUCUGUGGUACCCGAUUCGGGUCGAAUCGGGCGAGAUGAACGGAUUAAAGUGGUGAAAUUGAGGCGAAAUGAAACGAGUCAGCUCUCUAAACUGGUUUGAGACAAGAUCAAAGAGCUCGAUAUGGCGAAAAUUUGAACUGGGUCUUCUCGUAGCCACCGCAAUGAAGCUUUUGUCACCUGGCGAGGCGGCCGGAGUGAAAGCGUGGAGACCCGGCGGGGUAACUCGUUUUAUUAGAGCCGACCCGGCGUGAAUCGGUCCGUUAUCAGGAAGAACCGCUCUGUAGAUACUCCACCAUCCAUCACUGCCUCUCCGGUGAAAAUACAGAGUCGACUCGUCAGCCCAAGUUGGCCACCCGCCGUGUUGCACGACCUUGACUCGGCUUGACCCGUCCUGAGUUCUGAAAACAUAGAUGUCGGUAACGAGUUCUUCAACAUCGCCGUCCCAACCCUUCUCGCCGUAAGAAGCCACCGCCGUCCAAGUACCCGACGGCGACACCGCAGGGCUAAAAUCCGCCACACCAUAUGGCGUCAGCCUCCGAGUCACCCCGGUUCCCAAGUGAGUCGAGUAUAUAGCAGCCCAACUCGCCCGGGGCACUCCCGAGUUUUCGUGAGUCGAAACGUACACCAGAAACUCACCCGUUAAACUCGGCUUAUCCUUCAUGGAAACACGCCCUUUGCUCUGUUCGCUCCCUAACAGGGGAACCUGAACUCGCUCCUGCACCUGAAGAGCAGAUCGCUUUCUGACGUUCACCGGAGCAUCAGAAUAAAUUGCAUCGAGGUAUAUGUUGGAAGACCCGUUUCGCUCCGUGACAUAGACGAGCUGGAGAUCGGGUGUGGCCGGGCUCUGGACUAGGGUUUGAUUGCGCAAUUGAGGGAAAAUUGACGAUGAUGAUGAUGACACAGAGGGGAAAUGGCCGUUGAAGUUGACGGACUCGCCGUCGGUGAUGCGGAGCUCGUUGGCGAUGGUUAGUGGGUCUGAGGAUAUCGGGAGGGAGAAGAUGUCGAAGGCGUAAUCCGACCUGCCCAGCGUAGUGAAGAUGAUGCUGGUGCGGCCAUCGACGCCGUCGUGGUCUGCCGAAGCGCGGAGGAGGAAACAGAGGAGGGUGAAACAGAGAGGUGCUGCGUAGGGUUUCAUCUCUGCAGAAGAGGAAGGAGUGUGUGACAGACACAAGUGGAUUGAUUACUCUCUGCGGAUGCGAUGAGAACUUGGAAUUAAU